AUGGCUCUUCAACUCAAGGAUCUGCCUUUCAGACGAGACGAUGACCAAACCUUGCACUCUGAUGUUCCGACAGUCGUCACCGAUGAGCACCCCCAACUCUAUAAUAGCACCAGCGCAGCCGCACACCAGGUGAAUCUGGAAGAUGACCAGCCACAGCCUAUCCGCAAGGGGACGACAUUUUGGAUGAUCCUCUCCGCGCUGAUUAUCUCGUUCUUCAUGGUCGUACUGGAAGGUGCCUCUGUAGGAAAUGCUUCUCCCACCAUCGCGGGCGACCUCAGCAUCACCCAGUUUGCAUGGAUUGGCACGGCAUACGGCUUGUCGUCCACUGCACUUUUACCUUUGAGUGGCGGGCUAGCACAGAUAUUUGGCCGGCGUCCCGUCAUGCUCGUCUCUCUUACCAUUUUCGCCGUAGGCGGGGCCCUCUCAGGCGCGUCCAGAGGUACCGCGACCCUCUUUGCUGGCCGCACUAUUCAAGGUCUGGGCGGUGGCGGCGUGCUUACAUUAAGCUCGAUCAUACUUUCCGACCUCGUUGCGCUUCACGAGCGUGGGUUGUAUAACGGCCUCUUCUCCCUGGCAUGGACUGCCGCAUCCGGUGUCGGGCCUGUCAUUGGCGGGUCGUUCGCACAGUCCGGGCACUGGCGCUGGCUUUUCUAUAUGAACGUGCCUUUCGCGGGAUGCGCCGCUGCGUUCGUUUUCUUUUUUGUGCGGCUCCCGACACCUCCUGGCAGCCUCCGCUCCAAGCUCAAACAGAUCGAUUGGAUUGGAAAUGCUCUCGUCAUGGGGAGUACUGUAGCUCUCGUAAUCGGACUGACAUGGGGGGGCGUCGAGUACCCCUGGUUGUCUGCUCAAGUUCUGGUACCGCUCAUCGUGGGUGGUAUCGGUAUGGCAAUAUUCAUGCUGUACGAGACUUUAUUAGCAACACAUCCACUCGUACCUGUACGACUCAUUUACAAUCGCACUAGUAUAAGCGGACUUGUUCAGACCGGCCUUCUCUCCGUUCCUCUCACUGGGCUUAUGUAUUACCUGCCAGUGUACUACCAAGCGUGCACUCUCGCCUCACCGAUCCGCGCAGGAACACUCGUCUUCGGUGUCGCGUUCACCGUCGCGCCUACCACGCUCGUCGCCGGCGCACUCAUCACCGCCACGAAGCGCUACCGCCCGCCAAUCUGGUUCGGAUGGGUUCUGCUCCUCAUCGGGCAAGGCCUCCUCACCACUCUUAAGGCGACGAGCGCGAAGGCCACGUCCAUCGGCUUCCAGAUCCUGAUCGGCGUCGGCAUCGGCGCCGUGUACAGCUCCACGUACUUCCCCGUUCUCGCCCCGCUGCCCGUCGAGCAGAAUGCGCCGGCGCUCGCGCUUUACGUCUUUCUCCGCAGCUUCGCACAGAUCUGGGGCGUCGCCAUCGGCGCAACCGUCCUCCAGAAUCAACUCUCGUCGCGGCUCCCCCAGGCGUUCCUCGAAACAUUGCCCAGCGGCGCGAGCGUCGCGUACUCCGCGAUCCCCGCGAUCCCUGCGCUCGCGUCGCCGCUGAGGGAGGAGGUGCAGGUCGCGUUUGCGGAGAGCCUGGACGUGCUGUGGCGCGUGCUUUGUGCGCUCUCUGCGGUUGGCGCGUUUGCGAGCUUGUGGAUGAAAGGUCUAUCGCUUCACACGGACACAGACAGAAGGUGGGACGUGAACAAAGCGGAAGGGGAGGGGGAGAAGUAG